CCCAGUUGUUCAAAGGGUUUAUAUAACUCUAUAUACUGGAUAAACCACUGCAUAUGUAGUAGAUAGCAUAGUUUGUUUUGCUAACCGUGCACAUAUCCCGGCACUGGAUAGCGAUUUACCCGGCGGAUAGCGUUAUCUACCCUUUGAACAGCCCAUCGAUCUUCGUAGACAGGUUGACCUUGGACUACCAGCUGCUCAGUCGCAGAAGAACUAUAGAUGGCGGCUUCGACGUGGCUAAUAAGAGCAGUGUCUCCUCGCUUUCACCGCAAAUUGUCGCAUUUAAGGACACUACCCAAUGGCUUCAAGACGUUAAGAUACUGCACCGGUACCGGAAGUUCCGAACCUGACCAUCAAGACAAACCUAGAUUUCCAGGUGCUCUGAAUUCAUGUUAUACCGAAAAAUUGGAAUUUGAUGAUCCUGAAGAUGGCGGAGUUAUUCCUGUGUAUCGGGUUAUGGGUCGUAACGGAAAAGUGUAUGACGAAGCACUCGAUCCCAAGCUGGACAAAGAGAAAAUUCAAGAUCUGUACAAGAAGAUGACUCUGUUGAAUACAAUGGACCGCAUCAUGUAUGAUUCACAGCGACAGGGGCGUAUCCCAUUUUAUGUGACCAGCUACGGUGAAGAGGCGACAUUAUUUGGUAGUGCCGCAGCCCUUUCACCUGAAGACGUUGUAUUUGGUCAGUAUCGUGAGGCUGGUGUCUUGCUGUGGAGAGGAUUCACAUUAGAUGAAUUCAUGAACCAGUGCUAUUCUAAUCAACAUGAUCAUGGGAAGGGCCGGCAGAUGCCUGUUCACUAUGGCUCGAAAGAUCUAAACUUUGUCACCAUUUCCUCUACUCUGGCUACUCAAAUGCCUCAUGCUUCUGGAUAUGGUUAUGCUUUAAAACGAGCAGGCACUGGCAAUUGUGUUAUCUGUUAUUUUGGAGAAGGAGCUGCAAGUGAGGGAGAUGCCCAUGCCGCCUUCAACUUUGCCGCCACACUGGAAGCUCCUGUUAUUUUCUUCUGCCGUAACAAUGGUUAUGCCAUAUCAACCCCAACCAGUGAACAGUACCGAGGAGACGGAAUAGCUGGACAUGGAAGAGGUUAUGGGAUAAAAGCAAUUCGUGUGGAUGGCAACGAUGUCUUUGCCGUUUAUAAUGUCACUAAAGCAGCUCGUGAGAUUGCAGUGAAUCAGUCAAGACCAGUCAUUAUUGAAGCUAUGACUUACAGAAUUGGUCACCAUAGCACAAGCGAUGAUUCCUCGGUGUACCGCUCGCUAAAGGAAGUCAGUUACUGGGACAAAGAGGACCAUCCUAUUGGGAGGCUUAGACAGUACAUGGAGAACAAAAGAUGGUGGGACAGUGAAAUGGAAGAGCAGUGGAAACGUGAUUCUCGUCAGCAAAUCUUGGCAGCCUUUUCAAAAGCUGAAAAAGAACUUAAACCACCAGUCAAAGACAUGUUCAAUGAUGUCUAUGACAGUUUGUCUCACCGUCUGCGAAAACAGCACCAGGAAUGUAUGAAUCAUGUAGCGAAAUACCCUGAGGAAUAUCCGAGUGAACUACAUGCAAAAGAUGAGUAAUCUUGAGGUGCAACGCUCAAUUUAAAGAACAGAUUAAAAGCGCUGUUUGUGUAGAUACUUAACUAUAGGCCACGUUCGAUAUAUCAAUAUUCUAACAGGGCUACGAGGCUUUCGGGUCAAAGUUG